AUGGUGCCGGCCCUUAUGGUUACAGCCUAUGUGACUUUAGCCCUUGCGGUAUUGGCUCCUUUGGUAUUGGCCCUUACAGUUCUGGCCUUAAUGGCUUUGAGCCCUAUGACUCUGGCCCCUCUGGUGGUGCUUGUAACCUCCUUGAGACGUUACAGUGCUGGCCCUAAUGACUUUAGGCCCUGUGGCUCUGACCCUUCUAAUGUUGGCCCUAAUAGCUUUGGCAUCAAUGGUGCUGGCCCUAAUGGCUUUGGCCUCAAUAACUUCAGCCGCUCUAGUAGUGCUGGCCCCAAUGACUUCAGCCCCUAUGGCUCCAGCCCUUUUGGUGUUGGCCCCAAUAGUUUUAGCCCUAAUGGUGCUGGCCCCAAUGGCUUUGGCCCUUGUGGCUUUGACCCCUAUGGCUUCGGCCUCUCUAGUGCUGGCACCAAUGGCUUUAGUUCUAAUGGUGCUGGCCCCAAUGACUUCGGCCCUUAUGGCUCCAGUCCCUUUGGUACUUACCCUAAUGGCUCUGGCCCUUAUGGAUCCGGUCUCUCUAGUGCUAGCCCCAAUGGCUCCGGCCACUCUGGUGGUCCUAACUUCAAUGGUGCUGGCCCCAAUGACUUCGACUCUUAUAGCUCAGGCCCCUCUAUUGUUAGCUCCUAUGGCUUUAGCCCCAAUAGUGCUAGCCCCAAUGACUUUAGCCCUUGUGGCUUUAACCUCAAUAGCUUUGACCCUUGUGGCUGUGGCCUUUCUAGUGCUAGCCCCAAUGGCUUUGGCCUCAAUAAUUCUAGCCCCAAUGACUUCAGCCCUUAUGGCUUCGGCCCCAAUGGCUUUGGCCGUUGUGGCUUCAGCCCUUGUGGCUCCAGCCCUUAA